GAUAGAGGCUUUAAUAUUGUUGGGUAGAUAAUUAAUUCUACCUCACGUCUUUAUCCAUUUGCCUUGUUUUUUUCAUUCUAAUAUGAUGAGAAGGCAACAGGAUCAACAAUCUAAGGUUUUAGAACAACUUUCUUCUUUGAUUUUAAAUAUUAUACGAUCACCACCGGCGCCGAUUGAGUGUUACGAUGAUUCCUCAAUGUCUCCAUCCUCUUCAGGGAGGAGGAUGGCUGUCGCUGGGUCGAUGCAGCAAAUUACUCCGGCCGGAUUUGCAUCUCUGCUUUUGGGGAUUUCUUUUGCUUUGAUGAUUUGUGGAUCCGUCACUUUCUUUAUUGGCUUUUUAAUGAUGCCAUGGGUGCUUGCUUUGGUUAUGCUCUUUUAUGUUGCUGGAAUUGUUUACAGUUUGACUAUGAUUGGACGAGCUAUUUUCUCUCAUUUAUCUUCUCCCUCCUCACCAAGAAAAGAUUUUCACUACUGGAAACUUUUCUGAAGCAAUUUAAACACUUGAAUGGUGAUUGAUUGUUACUACGUCAUAAGAUGGAAGCUUCCCGGCAAUGUUUAGAGAAUGGAUGCAGGAAUGUCGAUAUUAAUGAAAUGAGGAUAUUGGAAGGUGAUCUUUCGGAGUGGAGCAGGAAAUAACUUGAGGAUGGAUGUAUAUUUUUAGUUAUUACGUAGAGAGAAGGAAGCUCAAAAUUUCUGUGCCUUGAUGUUUUCCUAUCUCAGUACACUGUUCCUUGAGAGAUGUAGAAACAGUAGUUCAUUGUUUCAUCCAUGAAGUAACAUUAUCCUUGUGAAUAUUUCCUCAAUGUAUGAGCGAACACGUUACAUGUCUAUGGGAAAAUAUAGUGAAUGA